CGAGACAAAAAGAGUUGACCUUGAAUUGGCUUAAGCUCCAAACACAGACAGAUAGUUGCCCUGUCUGGUGCUCUCAUCUCAUCAUCCACCAAAAUCCUCAAAUAUCAUCAGCAUUGAAGUUUUCCUCUUUCACAAAGAAAAAUGAAUCGGAACUUGAGUGCGUUUGUGAUUGGAUUGGUGGGUGCAGCAAUGACCUUGUUUGCUUAUUCUCAAACUCUGGUGUCUCCAAAUCAGUCCAUCGCAAUCGGCCUCCUUGUUCUCAUGUUUGGUUUGCUGAUCAAGGAAGGUUUUAUAUCUCUGUAGCUCUCCCCUCCUCUGUUUCCUCCUUUGCUUCCCCUUUUUCGGGUUUCUAGUUGAAUUAUGUGAUUUUGCUUGCACUUUUUCUUAUGUACAACUCCUGAUGGAAAUGUAUUUGGUUGCUUGUUAUGGGCGGUGUUAAGUUGUUAUUGUUUCAAUUCGGUAGGUAAUUUUACUUGUUAUUUUGUUGCCUGUA